GCAUUCGGCGCCCACUGCUGAAUGUUAUGUAAUGUGACGCUGCUCAUCCGAUCUUAGCCGGGCGGCCGAGUCUGUUCACUUGUACAAGAGACCUUGUUCUCUUCUGGGACUGUCAUGGAUCUGUGCGCCCACAUGUGCGUACGUCGGCAGAUAGCCGUACCUUGCUCUUCUGCCCAUGCGGUAGCGUUUGGUCCCGGGAACAUAUAAAAGAUGGAUGCUUGGAAAAGCCACCCUCAACCGCCCCGCUGAGAUGGUUUCCACCUUCGUUUUCUUCGCUCUCCUCGCCGUGAGCAAGUUUGCCUCGGCGUCUCCUUUGGCUGCACGAGCGGGGGUGUCGGUCUCGACGCCGCUCGGCACAGCUCAAGGAAUAGUGGACGCGGAUGGCGCAUAUCGGUUCGCAGUGCGCUACGCGACUGCCAAUCGUUGGGGGGCCUCCUCGGUCGCGACUCAAUGGGAUCUCCCGAACGGCUUCACCGAUCCGGCAGCGUAUCCUCUAAUUUGCCCUCAGACUGGGGUGGCGGCAGCCACCUACUCGGAGGACUGUCUCUCCGUCCUGCUCUAUGUCCCGCCGACGCUGAACACCUCAAGUCAUGUAUCGACGGUUGUCUGGGUUCACGGAGGAUCUUUUAUCAUGGGGUCGGCCACCGGCACUGGGCUUGACGGAUCGAAACUUGCGAUCGCGACGAAUUCCAUCGUCGCUGUCAUCCAGUACCGUUUGGGCGCGCUCGGCCUGCUCGCUCCCAAUGGCUCCACCAAUUUGGCUGUUGUUGAUGUUAUGAACUCUCUCAAGUUCCUGGGCAAGGUCCUUGCCUCCUUUGGCGGGUCCGCGUCCAAGAUCACACUCGCCGGACAGAGCAGUGGGGCGGGGAUGAUUCGUACGCUUUUGGCCGUGCCGUCGGCAUCCACCUUGUUCCAGAGUGCGAUUCUUCAUUCGGAUCCGAUGGACUACGGAUUUCUGUCUAUGAGCACCCAGGCCAUGCUUCAGAGCACCUUCAAUUCCCAGAUCGGCUGUUCUGCGAGCGACAGUGCUUGCCAGUCCGCGCUCUCCGUCUCUGAUAUCUUGAAUGCCCAAACAAAUCUGGGCAACGAAGCGGACGGCCUCGAUGCGUCCACGGGACUCGGUGAACCGAUUCGCAGCGUCAAGGACGGUGUCCUCGUAACUAAUCCCCUUGACUUGACUGCGGCUUUCCCUACUGUCAGCAAGCCCCUGCUGCUGACUAAUGUCAAGGAUGAAGGUGGGUGGACUGUGUACGACAAUCUCUUCCCCGGACCGGACGCAUAUCCGACUGCAUAUUGGGAUCCUGUUCUCCAGCAGACGCUGGGGUCGGACCGCACCACAACCGUCGACAACUCGGACUUUUAUCCGCUUGACUCGUCUGUCGACAUGCGCGUCCCCUUGCAGACACUGGUGACCGACUCAAUCUGGCGGUGCCCCACCUGGACUUUUGCCCGCAACUGGGCUGCCAACGGUGGUUCAGCUUAUGUUGGCGUAUUCACCGUGGGGGCGACCUAUCCAGUCAACCAAAACAUCACAUUCUGCACCACCGAUGGCGCAGUCUGCCAUCAAGAUGACAUCGAAAUCAUCUUCGGCACUGUCUCGUCACCUUCAGCUGCCCAAUCGUCGCUCAUCACAGAAGUCCAGGCGCGUUACAAGGCUUUCUUGGCCACCGGCAACCCCAACGGUGCCGGCCUCGCCUCCUGGUCCGCUGCCGAAGCCUCGGAUGUCCAUCCGCUCGAACUGGGAACAGCCGCCGCCUCCGACGGAUUGUAUCCUACCGGUGCAUGCGACCCUUCUUUCUGGGGAAGUGCUGUCCCCUACGACUAUCAGGUCUACGGCAUCUAAACACUCUUUUAUCUCUCCGCAUCGUUUUCCCGUCCAAGUCUCUAGAUCUGUAGCCAUAUAGCCCACGCUGUCCUCUCUGUUUUCUCGAUUUGGGUUUCUAGUCUAGUUGAAAUACUUUAAUACUAUAAUGAUCAAUGCA